AUGGCUAAAAUCAUAUGUUUAAUUGGUAAUGGGAUAGAUGCAUUGUGUCUAGGUUAUUAUUUACAAAGAAUUAAAAUAAGUACCAAUAUAUUAUUAACUAAUAAAAGAUGCAAAUUUAUUAAUACCUAUUUUCAUAACUCUAAUAUAAUUGAAAAUGGGUAUUACUCUUUUAUUUUAAAUGAAAAUUCAAAAUUAUUUUCAUCAUUUAUGAAGAAUUUAAAUAUUGAAGCAAAAAUUUUAGAAAGAAAUGAAUAUUCAAAUAAUAUUUCUUAUUUAGAUGAAAACGGAAAUACUUAUAAAAUUAAUAAAUUUUUAUUUAGAAUUUUUUAUUAUUUUUUCAAAGAUUAUUUUAUUAAUAAAUCAAUAAAUAUUGAAAAAAAUGAAAACUUACACAGUUUUUUAUUAAAAUAUGUUGAUAAAGAAAUUUGUGAAAAUUUAAUUAUUCCCUAUUGUUAUCAUUAUUUUAAUUAUCAUCCUCGAUUUGUAUUAAUGAAUUCACAUUUUCCCAAUUUUGUAGAAAAAAUAAAAAAUAAAAAAUCUAUAAUAAAAUCAAUUUUAUCUUAUAAUAAAAACAAUUCUAUCUUUUUUUCUAAAAAUAAAAAAAUUUUUACAUUUAAAGAAGGAAAUGAUAUAUUAACUAGAAAACUUAUAGAAAAUUUAAAAAUAAGCAAUAAUGUUAAAUUGAUAAACAACAUAAAUAAUUUACAAAUUAAAUCAAAAAAAAAUAAAAUAAAGAUAUUUUUGGGUAGAGAAAUUCUAAAAUGUGAUGAAGUAGUUUUUUGUCUUAAUCCAUUGGAAUUAAAAAAAAUUUUUAAAAAAUCAAAAAUAGAAUAUAAAAAGAAAAAUAUCAUAAUAAAAUAUUUAUCUAAUUUCCGUACAAGCAAAAUAAAAAUAACCAAUGUUUGUUUUAAAAAAAAUGUAUUACCUUUCUCAUAUUCACUAGAAUCCUUGUUAUUAAUUAAAAAAAAUGAAAAAAACAAAAUAAUUUCUUUAUUAUACGAUAAUAACAUAUUUCCACAAUUUAACAAAAAUAUUUCAAAAAGUUUUUCUAAACAUGAUAUCUUCGAAACAAGCUUAAGAUUUUUAAGUACAGAACAAAAUGAUAAUAAAUCAAUAAAUGAAAUAAAUGAUUUCUUACAUGGAACUUUAAAAGUGAAAGAAAAACCAGAUUUAAUUAUCAGCAAUUAUUAUGAUGUCUUUCCUUAUAAUGCAAAUACUGAUAAAAUUUUCAAAAAAUUAAUUAACAAAAAUUUUAAAAAAGUAAAAAUUUUUUGGCCAUUUUCUUUUUUUAAGAACUUUGAAUUUUGUUUAAGUGAAGCUAAAAGUUUUAGUGAAACUAUUAUAUAA